AUGUUUGGUCAAUGGCCACCUGGUCCGAUACCAUCAUAUGAAACACAUGGUUUCAACGUUUUCUUCGGUAGACAAAUUAUUCCUGAAGCUAAAUGGGUCGGAUUCAAAGAUUUGGGUCAAGGCUAUGGAAAAGACAACGAUCAUGUCUUCUUCAUGGGUCGAAUUGUUGAAGGAGCUAAGCCGUUCUUCUUCGAACUGCUUAGCAGUGGCUAUGCCAAAGAUCAUGAUCAUAUUUUCUUCAUGGGUCAAAUUGUUGAAGGAGCUAAGCCGUUCUUUUUCGAAGUACUUAGUAAUAGCUAUGCGAAAGAUCAGGAGCACGUUUAUCAAUAUGGACGAGUGAUUCCGGGUGUAAAAGCUUUUGGUUUCCAAGUACCGUAG